AUGUGGCCGCUUGCAAAAUUAUAUCCUCCCCCCAUCGGACCUUCAUCACAAGCAACAUCAUCGCCAUUGUCCCAAAAGGUAUCCAAUGCAUCAGUUCACGAACAUCAUCAACAAUCCAUUGCACUCUCGGAAUAUCUCGCACAGACUAUCCAUAUUUUCCAUUCGUCGCUUAUACAUAACUUCUAUGCUUCCUUAUACAUAAAAACAUCAUCCUGCAUUUACAUUAUUUCUUUCGGCUUCUUUUCUUUCUUAUAUUCUCAACCGCAUUUUAUCGAUCAUUUUAUCCUUCUUCUAUCCUGCACUCCCUUCAUCAGCAUUGCCAGCAUCCCCAUCCUCACCCUCAUCGUCAAACUCUCAUCAUCAAUUAUCAUAUCCCUCCUCAUCCGCUGCGGACUCUUCGAGCUCACGCCGUGUAAUCAACCUGUUUUGUACCGUCUUUCAGACGUUGUCAUUUUUCUACCUCACUGUCUUUUGCAUACUACCCUGUCCUGUUGUCGCAUAUCACUUGUCACAUAGAACUUGAAAUCAUAUAUGUUGUCGAUUUUUGUCAA